AAAACGUAAAUAAUUUUCAAAUCGAAAAUGUUCACUAAAUUCAUGCUCACUUUUACCCUGCUGAUGUUCGUGGCCGCAUUUUCGACCAUCAGCGCCAACGAGGCGAGCAUUGAUCAAAAAUCCUUAACUAAGCGCAGCUUAACUGAAUUUGGCAGCGACUCAGGGCACACAGUAGCCAUCAGUGCAAGUCCUUGGUUAGGCGGUGGUAAUGGCGCCCAAUUCAGUGGCGGCUUCAACGCACUGGCUGUCAGCGGUUGGAAUCCAUGGAAUAGCUUCGCCGCCCGCCAUGGAUCGGCACCAUCACCCAGUGAAGUGGCCAAUGCUAUCGCCUCUGCCAAGCAAGCUUCGGCCAACGUCUUAAUUGCCCAACAACAAAUGCAGGCAGCUAAAGAGAAUGUGCUCAAUCAGCAACGCAUUGCUAUGGAAAAGGAAACCGCUGCCGCUAUACUAACACAAAAGUCAGAGGCCGCCGCGGCCAUUCAACGCUCUGAAGCAGCAGCUGCCGCGCAAGCAGUUGUGCUGGCGCAACAACGUUUGGCCGCAUCCAAAUCUGCAGUGGCACAUCAGCAACGCAUUGCCGCGGCUCGUGAGGCUGAAGCUGCAACGGCACUGCAACGCUCAGCGCAUGCUGCUGCUGCUGAGAUACAAAAAACCGAAUACGAAGCGUCCAAACUGGGCCAGUAUACACGCAACGGCAACGCAGGGGCCGCACAUCAUCUCACCUUGACCAAGGAUGUGGCGUUCAGUCCGAUUACGGCAGGCACCAAUCACGUGCCUAAUGUGGAGGCAGUGGGACCAUGGCCGAGCAAUGGUGGCAAAGGAGCGGCAGGUGGUGGUGGGGGAGCUGCUGGUUGGCUAUGAAGCGAUGGAUCAAGAAUUCCAGCAUUUGAAAUAACAUAAUUAUGUGAAAUUCUCUAAUUUGAUUUUCGCUGUAUACUCGUAUUAAC